UUUGACGUCGAGUCGGACCCAAUUCCGACGUCGCCCUCUGGCAGCAUUGGGUCCGAUGACGAUCACGAUCCAGAACGGGCGUGCCAGUCACCGACGACGACGAGAGGCCGCCGUACCUCACGAAAUGGCCCAAUAGAGCCGAGGCGGUCGUCUGAAGACCAGGGGCAAGAGGAGGAUCAUCGUCGCAAUCGAAGCAACGAAGAUGAUGAACAACAGCGGCACGGCAUCGUCAAGUCGGUCUCCCAGCGAUUCCGCAGGCCCUCGUUCAGGACAGAGGAACCAUCGCAAGUCGACAGUCAGCAGCAUGAGCCGCGAAGUCCUCGUGUGGGGCCUUGCGGUUAUCUCUGCCGGCCUCGUCGCUCUGAGCGCCUGGGGAUACGCUUAUCACUCGGAUACCUUUUCACCAACGCUCAUCGGCUUCUUUCUCACCCAGCCUGCAUUUGCCCUCCUCGGCCUCGGCUCCCUUAUUGUUAGGAAUAGAGCGGCGAUGGACCUUUCGUCCAGAGCCAUGCGCGCGCAUGUCUUGGCACAGAUGCUCAUCGUCGUCUUUGCCUAUCUCGAUCUGUCCUCCUCCUCGCUCUAUGUGAGGACGCGGUCGACCUCGGACAGGACCUCGAGCCGGUUUCGGCUCAUGCCCAGCAUGGCAAUGAGAUUUGGACCGACUCACGACCCCAUUGAUGCCGGUCUGGCCCCGGGCGCGAGCCUCUUGACGUCCGUUGCGCUGGGAGAAGCACAGCUCCACGCGCACGACACUGAGGUCGGCAAUCUGUCGAGUCGCAUGACGCACCUCGUCGUCUUUGUCGUCCAGGCCGCUGCCCCCAUCCUGUUGGCCUUGUAUGCGCAAUACUCUGUCGCGCAUGCGCUCGGCAUCUUGGCGCGAUCUGCGAACCUCAGCCGGCGAGCCUCUUCAUCGUCGCCGUCGUCACGCACGGGCCCUGCCACUGCCUCACGGCUGUCGGGCGAGAGGAGCAAGCCUCCUCCCCGUCGCUCUCACGCUUACACGCUCCCAUCGCUCGAUGUUGGGGAGCUUACAUCAAGGCUAAAGGGCAUCGAAGACGUGCACGGGCAAGCCGAAGAUGAUCUCGACGACGACAGGUGGGACAAGAUGACACCCACAUCGCGAAGAAGCAAGACGGUCCGGUUGUCCAUCCUCGAUACCCCAAAGGAGAGGGGAGAGGCUGAGCAAGCCUCUUCGUCGAUGAACACCCACCUCUCGCCCGCCGCCGCGGCUCUUGCCAAGAAGAUGUCGCCCUCUCAUGCCCAUGCAAGGUCCAUCUCGCAGCCCAUCCUCUUGCCCACCCAGGAGGCAGCCAGCGAAGGAAUGCUCCUCUUUACUGCGUCACCUAUGGCCAAGACGCCCUCCGGCGAGUCCCCCUCCCGAGCGACAUCUCCUGCCUCUGUAAACUCGCAUGGCAGCGCAGGCGUGCCCGUCUCAACGGCGGGCACCGAGCACUGGUCGGCCGUCCAGAUGGCCCUGCUGGAAAAGGGCGUCAGGACAGGCAUCCAGUCGCCAAGAAGAAGCGCCAGCAACGUCGAUCAGUAGUCACUUUUUCCCUUCUGUCCGAUUCACCAGUGUAUCCAUAGUUCUCAUUCUCGGCCUUCUCUUGUGAGGUCACUCCAGCACUGCUCUUUUCUGCGUCGCACACACA